AUGGAAAAGCAUUUGCAGGAAGCCAAGAAGAUGAUCAUCCAAGAUCGAUUGGACAGUCUCGAACUUCGUCUGGAGGAACUCGCCAACAACUUUGCGCAUCUCCCCACGGAGCAGCUCAGCAAACAUUGCAUCAGCUGUAUGAAUGACAUCCGAAGUCUUGCCUACGAGUGUCUCAUCGAGAAUAUUGAUCGUUUUGACAAGUCCGAGUACGACCAGGUGAAAGAAACUCUGCAAUCGAUGCGAUUCGAUGUCAACGAAAAGAACCUGAUCGAAUGCAGCUACCAUAGAGAUGAUUGUGAGCCCCAAAUUACACUAGAAGAGCGUCGCGACCGUUUCAUGGGUCUCAAAGCUGGCGUUCCACCUGCUAAGUUGUGCUUUCUGCCAUAUAACGCCCAUGAGCUAUUCGACAAGCUUGCGACCGGUCUUAAAGACGUUGCUAUCGAGGAGCUCAAGUAUCGUAUGCAUAUACUCAUGCAGGCCCCUGCUCCUAGCAAUCAGCUUUCACUUUCCGAUAACAACCUUCACGACAAGCAGGGUGGAGGGCCUCAAUACCGAGGCAAGCUUAAGCCCAAAGCCGCCGCGAUGCUUUGCGUCGAAGAUUCAGACGACGAUGAGCUAUCGCUUACUGUUGGACAUUCUGAUCAGAAAUUCACCUCUGGGAAUGCCUCAAGAAGAGGGUUCCAAGAAAACCACCUCUUUUCGGAAAAUCAGGAUUCGCAGGGACAGAGCUUCAUUGAAUGA